AUGAUCAAGGCCUAUUAUCACUCCACCACCGCGCGAGUCCUGGUCCGCAACAAUCUUCCCCAAACCUUUGGUAUUCGGUCUGGCGUUCUACAGGGUUGUAUCUUGUCGACCAUUCUGUUCAACUACGCUAUUCACUGGAUUCUCGGAAGGGCCCUACACGAAGUUGCCGGUGUUGAAUUUGCACCCAGACACCGACUGACUGAUCUUGACUAUGCCGAUGAUAUUGCCUUACCUGCUUCAAGUUUUGGUGAUCUGCAGUCUAUGGUGCCAUGGGUGAACGAGGUCGCUAAAUCAGUCAGUUUAGCCAUAAACGUUGGAAAGACUAGAGUGUUGUCAAACCGCAUUGCUGACCAGGAGAUGACACCUCUCACGAUUGAUGGCUGUCAACUUGAAGAAGUAGACAGUUUUAAAUACUUCGGAACGAGGCUGCUGCCGAAUGAGCAGAAUGAAUUUGUCUCCCGAACUUAUGCUGCCCGGCGAGUUUUCGCGAGUCUUAGGAAGUGCCUAUGGAUCCGACGCGACAUUUCCAUUGCCCCCAAGAUUCGCGUGUACCGCGCAUCUGUCCGGUCUGCCCUUCUCUAUGGUUGUGAAUGCUGGGCUGUGUGUGUAGAGGAUGAGCGAGAACUGGAGGUAUUUGACCACUAUUGCUUGAGGACCAUCCUUCGAGUGAACUACACCGACUUCGUCUCAAAUGAGACAGCCCGUGCUCGCUGCGACAGCAUUGCAAGGAUAGCCCAGGCCAUCUGA